AUGGCCGCUCCUCAGGAUACCCAGGGUACUCUCAAGAUUGAGAACACUGACAAGCGUGAUACCCUUAUUGCUAUCGAGAAGAAGUACCAGCAACAGUGGAAGCAAGACAAGAUCUUCGAACAAAACGCACCUUCGCUCCAGGAUGUUCCCUUCCACUCGAUCAGCCCCGCCGAGCUCCGCGAGCAACAACCCAAGUUCUUUGGAACUAUGGCAUAUCCUUACAUGAACGGAAUUCUUCACGCCGGUCACGCCUUUACUGCUUCCAAGGUCGAAUUCGCUACCGGUUGGGCCCGCAUGGAGGGCAAGAGAGCCCUCUUCCCCCAAGGAUACCACUGCACCGGUAUGCCCAUCAAGUCUUGCGCCGACAAGCUGGCUCGCGAGAUGGAGAUGUUUGGCAAGAACUUCGAGAACUACAAGGAGGAGGAUGCCGAGGAGGACGCUGUACCCGCACCCACCCAGGAGACCACCAAGACCGACGUCCUCAAGUUCGGAGCGAAGAAGAGCAAGGCCGCUGCCAAGAACGUCGCCAUGAAGUACCAGUUCCAAAUCAUGGGCGCUCUUGGCCUUGAGAAGGAGGAGAUCCACAAAUUCGCCGAUCCCAACCACUGGAUCGACCACUUCCCCCCGCUUUGCGAGCGCGACCUCACAAAUAUCGGUGCUAGAAUCGACUGGAGAAGAAGUUUCGUGACCACUGAUCGAAACCCGUACUAUGACAGCUUUGUACGAUGGCAAAUGAACCGCUUGAAGGAGUUGGGCAAGAUCAAGUUCGGCAAACGCUUUACCGUCUACUCUCCUAAGGAUGGUCAGGCCUGCAUGGAUCACGACAGAAGCAGUGGAGAAGGUGUCGGAGUUCAAGAAUACACUGCCAUGAAGCUCAAGGUUGAAGAAUGGGCUGAGCCCGCACAGAAGGCUCUCGCAGGGAAGCUUCCUGAGAACGCUAAGGUCUACUUCGUCCCUGCCACUCUCCGUCCCGAGACCAUGUACGGCCAGACUUCAUGCUUCGUGGGCCCCAAGAUCACAUACGGCGUGUGGAAGGUCUCUGACGACGAGUACUACUUCAUCUCGGAGAGAGCUGCUCGCAACAUGUCUUUCCAAGGCAUGUUCCCUAAAUGGGGCGAAUCCCCCAAGGUUGCUGACUUGCAGGGUUCCGAUGUUGUUGGAACUAUCGUGAAUGCUCCUCUUUCAGUCUACAAGAACAUUCGUAUUUUGCCCAUGGAGACCGUCAAGGCUUCAAAGGGUACUGGUGUUGUCAGUUGUGUACCUUCCGACUCACCUGACGAUUACAUCACCAUCCUCGACUUGGUCAAGAAGGCCGAUUACUACGGCAUCAAGAAGGAAUGGGCCGACCUUGAGAUUCUUCCCAUCAUCGAGACACCCACUUACGGAAAUUUGACUGCCAAGAAGCUAGUCGAGGACAUGAAGAUCGCCUCUCCCAAGGACACCAAGCCGCUUGCCGAGGCCAAGGAUCUUGCAUAUAAGGAGGGCUUCUACAAGGGUACCAUGUGCUACGGCGAGCACAAGGGCAAAUCUGUCGAGCAAGCCAAGCCUCUUGUUAGACAAGCUCUCAUCGACGCUGGCGACGCUUUCAACUACGCUGAACCCGAUGGAGAGGUCAUGUCUCGUUCGGGUGAUUCUUGUGUCGCCGCUCAUCUCGACCAGUGGUACCUUGCAUAUGGCAAGCAGGAAGAUCCCGAAUGGCAAGAGGAGGUUCUCCGCCACGUUAAUGGCGAACUCAACACUUUCUCGGGUGAGGCCAAGAAUGCCUUCGAGCAAAGUCUCGACUGGCUGGGUCAGUGGGCUUGCGCUCGUUCUUACGGUCUUGGUUCGAAGCUUCCAUGGGAUAAACAGUUCUUGGUCGAGUCUCUGAGUGACAGCACGGUGUACAUGAGUUUCUAUACUGUGUACAAUCUGCUCUCUUCAGACAAAUUUGGCGAUACUCAAGGUAGUGGCAAGAUCUCAGCUGACCAGAUGACCGAUGAGGUUUGGGACUACGUCUUCACUCGCCGCGAGGACGUUGAGAGUGACAUUCCCAAGGAAACCCUCCAGGCUAUGCGCAGAGAGUUUGAGUACUGGUACCCCCUGGAUAUUCGUGUUUCCGGCAAGGAUCUUAUCCAGAACCACUUGACCUUCUUCCUCUACAUUCACGUUGCUCUCUUCCCCAAGGAGUACUGGCCCCGCGGUAUCCGUGCCAACGGUCAUCUUCUCUUGAACGGUGAGAAGAUGAGCAAGAGUACCGGUAACUUCCUUACCCUGUACGAUUCUACCAAGAAGUUCGGUGCAGACGCCACCCGUGUAUCUCUUGCCGAUGCCGGAGAUUCGAUCGAAGACGCCAACUUUGAGGAGAGUGUCGCUAACGCUAUCAUUCUGAAGCUCUUCGAGUUGAAGAAGUGGUGUGAGGAGACUGUCAGGGAUGCCCGCGUACUCAAGGAUGGCGAGAACUAUGUCGAGGUCAACAAGAAUGAACGCCUGAAGAACAACGACUCUGUUCAGCGUACUGGCGAGAGAUCCUUCUGGGACGACGUCUUUGAGAACGAGCUCAAUGGCCUGGUCCGUGAGACAAGAGAGCACUACACUGCCACAAACUACAAGUCCGCCCUCAAGUCUGGAUUCUACGACUUCACUAGCGCCCGUGACUUCUACCGUGAGAUCACCAAGUCUUCCGGUAUCGGCAUGCACCAGGAUCUUGUCCGCAAGUACGUUGAGCUCCAGGCUUUGAUGAUCACUGUCACUGCUCCUCAUUGGGCAGAGUACGUCUGGCUCGAGGUUCUUGGAAAGCCCACCACUGUCCAGAACGAGCUCUUCCCUCAAGUACCCGAGACCAAGCCCGAGCUGACCGCCGCCCGCGAGUAUGUCCGUCAAACUAGUGGUAACAUCACAUCCGCCGAGGGUGCUCAGAUGAAGCGAAUGGCCAAGGGUAAAGCCACCAACUACGAUCCCAAGCAGCCCAAGAAGCUCACCAUCUUCAUGGCUUCCGAAUACCCUUCAUGGCAAGCCAACGUUAUCGAUCUCGUCCGCGAGGCUUUCGACGGCAUGACCAUUGACAUGAAGUCAAUCAGCAAGAAGGUCAACAAGGCCGACAGCAAGAAGGCCAUGCCCUUCAUCCAAGCCCUCAAGAAGAGCCUCGAGGGCGGCAUCGACGCAAACACCGUGUUCGAGCGUAAGCUCGCUUACAACGAGGUUGAUGUUCUCACUCAAAUGGUUCCUGGCUUGAUGAGCACUGUCCAAAGAUGUGUAUGCAUUGAGGUCAUUUCUGUCGAGCAAGGUGGCAAGAGCGGAAAGGUUGUUGCUAGCAUCGGUGAUGCUGCUGCUGCCAAGGGUGAGGAGAAGUCUGACCUCGCCCCUCAGGCUGAGAACGCUGUUCCUGCUAACCCUACUUUCUUCUUCUCGAACAUCUAG